AAAUGUAAAUAAAUAUUAAAAAAACAAAAAAAUUAUAAUAAGUUUUGCAAGAUUAUUUUACUUUUCAGAAUUAUUCUAUACUCAUUUCAGAAAUAAUACUAAAUAUAGUCUAUAUAUGGGAACGAUAAUAAUCCUGUAUAUUGCAUUAUCUUCUUUAUCAAUAAACUUCAGAAAUAGAAAAUUAAUAUACAGAGCAUGGAUGCCAUUUGAUUAUACGUCAACGGUAUCUUUUUGUCUAACGUAUAUUUAUCAAUUCAUAAGCCUGAUUGUUGCAACUUUUGUUACCAUUGGUUGCGAUACACUCAUCUGUGGAUUGUUGAUCCAUAUCUGUUGUCAAUUUGAGAUCUUGACUUAUCGUUUGAGAGAAAUUAUAUCUUAUUCAGACGUUCUUCGCGAUUGUAUACUUCAACAUUAUCAUAUCUUCAGAUUUGCUUUUAUCAUAAAAACGAAGUUAAGUGUGAUUAUUGCUAAUCAAUUUAUAAUGACUACAGUGAUACUAUCCUUCAGUCUUUAUCAAAUAGAUAAAACGACAACAAUAGCUAAAUAUUUUGAAAUGAUAUUAUGUAUAUUAUUCAUAUUAACGGAAAUCUUUCUCUAUUGCUGGUGUGGCAACGAAGUAAAGAUAAAGAGUUAUCAAAUGGUAGAUAAUAUUUUUCAAAUGGAAUGGAUGACAUUAGAUAAAAAUAGAAAAAAAUCUUUAAUGAUAAUAAUGACGCGAGCACUUGUGCCUAUUCAGAUUACCUGUGCUUACCUUAUUCCUGUAAAUCUUAAUUCCUUUAUGGGUUUUCUUAAAAUGUCGUAUUCUACUUAUAAUUUAUUUCAACAAAUGCGGCAAUAAUUGAGUAAAGGCUGAUGGAAUUAAUGUUACCGAUAUCAAAUCUGAGCAGAGAGUAGAAAAAAGAAGAAAGAUGAUAUUAGUUAUUAUAAUUAGUAUUUAUAUUACCUACUAUUAUAAAAAAGUAAUGUAGAUUAUUUAAAUACAUAAUGUAUUCUAUUAUAUAUCUUAUUAUUUUAUAUUCACUGAUAUCUAUUUGUGUAUCUUUGUCUACGUUACUUUUUGUUACUAUGUUACUUUUUGUUACAUUACUUUUUGAGUAAUGUAAUCAAAGGUCAACACGGACAUUUACUAUAAUAUAUUAAUAUAAAAUAUUAAAUUAACGUUGAAUAAGUGUUUUAAUAAAUAUAGUGAAGUCAGGACUCACGCGAUAAAUAAACAAAGUAAAAUAAUGAAAUUAAAAGCUUUAGGAGUUGAUAUAACAAGUCAAUUGAUCAUGAAAUAAAAACUAAUGAUUCAAAUUACAACAUACAAUUAUAAAUCGUUCUUUUUACAAAAAACAUUUUCAAUUGAAUUUGAGCUAUCUUUAACGGUCAAAGUAAUUUAAGUGUCCAUUUAUUUUAUAUUCAUGUGUACAUUGCUACGACAAAACUGAAUGAGAAAUGAAAUAACUCUAUUCAUCUUAUUCCACACAUAGUUGUAUAGUUAGAAGUGGAAAUAUGUAGAUAGCUUGCCUUUCACUAGUUGUAAAAAAAGAAAUUUUUUCUUUAAAUCUAUAGGUAUUAUUCAUUAUUAUUUCUAUCAAUUAAAUUGUGUGUGUUAAAACGAUUGUGCAAGGUGAUACUCACCUUAUGUCCAAACAAUAAGUGUAUAAUACCGUGACUAUACAGAAAAGCAGAAUUAUUGCAGCGUCUAAGUUGUAAUUAGUAUCUUUUUAGCACGCUGCUCUAUUCUAGAGUUAUAAAAAUGCGUUCAACUCAUGUCAUACGUUUUUAUAUACAUAUAGAGUAUCUAUAAGAAAAAAGUUUUUAUUACGUCCUUUCCUCUGCUCCAUUCUUCCUCCUCCCCCCCUCUCUCUCUCUCUCUAAAUCUUGAAACAAAGAUUUUCUCAAAGAUGUGCAAUUAAUCUUUAUAAUUAACACUCAAAUCACGUAUUAUUAUAACAAAAUAUAUGUAGAUAUUUAAAUGUACAUAUAUAUAAUUUAUAUUUUUAUAUAUUUUCCUUAUUUUAUGUUUAUUAAGGGAGUUUCUCUGCUCAGGUCCGGCACAAAAAGUGGCACAGAUGUCCAAAUAAAAAAAA